GGCAAAAGUGAAACUUACACCCCGGCUAUGUCUACAAAACUAACGUGUGAAUGAAAUCGGAAAAAGGUAAAAAAAAAAUCAUUGUGGUUUUAGCUUUUGUUUUAUUGCAGCAUGUAAAAAGUUUAUUCAGCCUAGAUUUAUUUUGACUUUGUUCAUUUCAAAAUUUUAAAUCAAUGUGACAUUUCUAAUGUCAUCUUGAAAUAUAAGCAUUUUAUGGAUUUUAUUAAAAUUAUUUUAUUUAUUUCAUUAUUAAAUGGCAGCAAAAUUCUUACAUCGUUGGCGAAGUUCGAUUGUGACUGUUUGGUUGCAAAUAUGUCAUUAUAGUAAAGGGGCUAAACCUGCGCAAAAACAAGCUGUUGAUCCUGCAAACCGACCCCAGGAUCGUCGCAUUUUCAAAGUGUACCGUUUUGCUGGGAUAGCCUCAGGCCAAAAACCUAAGGUACAAUCAUUCGAAUUCGAUAUCUCAAAAAUUGGUGGUAUGGUUCUCGAUGCCCUCAUCAAAAUAAAGGAAAUGGAUCCGACGGUUACUUUCAGAAGAUCAUGUCGUGAAGGCAUUUGCGGCUCUUGCGGCGUCAACCUCCAGGGUGCAAACUGCCUGGCGUGUAUAACGCCGAUACCAAAAGACAAAGUGAUAACUAUUAUGCCGCUACCACACAUGUACGUCCAGAAAGACUUGGUGGUCGAUAUGACACACUUUUUUCGACAAUACAAUAGUGUCAGGCCCUAUCUUGUGCGUCCAGACCCCCUGCCCAUGGGCAGAACGCAGUAUGCACAAAGUAUCAAGGACAAUAGUAAAUUAGUUGGUUUGUACGAAUGCAUUCUAUGUGCUUGCUGCUCGACAUCGUGCCCCAGCUACUGGUGGAACGGCCGCAGGUUUCUAGGGCCUGCUUCUCUGUUGCAUACUUACCGAUGGGUGAUAGACUCGAGGGACGCAGAUACCGAUCGGAGGCUGUGGGACGUCAGAGAUGACUUUAAAGCAUUCAGGUGUCACACGAUAAUGGUCUGCAUGUUGGUUUGUCCGAAAGGUUUGCAUCCAGCUCGGCAGAUUUCACGUUUGAAGCGGUUAAUAUCGAAGGUGGAGAAAAAACCGGAACCUGAAUUAGAUCCUUUGGCAUUUGCCAAUGUCGGUAUAAAAUCGGCGUCUUCUUGUGGUCCGUCUGCUGGCGGAUCUGGGUGUAAAUGAAAGUGAAUCUAUGUAUAUUUUUUAGUUAAGCGCUUGCUUAUAUUCAAAUGCUUUUGUAGUUGUAAAAAAUGUAAUUUAUACUAUGAUACUAAAAGAUCCACCAACAUUACAAAAUGUAGGUAGGUCCAUACCUGUUUUUUGGAUGUAUAUAAGUAUAAUUACAUAAUUAUAAAUUUAUUUAGUUUAUAAAAAUAAACUUCAUGAGUCUUA